AUGUUUAGUGCAGUAAGAAAUACGGGGGCAUAUAGUAGAGGACCAGCAGCAACAGGAGCAGCAGCAGCAGCAGCAGCAGCAGCAGGAGGAUCAACACAGCAACAACAAUCCAGUACUUCAUCCCCACCGCAGCAGCAACAGCAACAGCAGCAGCAGCAAACUUCUGCUGCAACAGACCCACCACCUACAGGAGGAUGGAGAUCCAACUUACCUCCUGCUAAUACUAAAGACGACCCGCCGCCGCAGCAGCAACAGCAGCAGCAGCAGCAGCAAUCGAGCCCAAUGCGAGGGUCUGCCCUGUCUGGCGGUGCUUCACCUAAUAGGUUUUCGGGUUUAAAUUUAUCACGAGUUUAUUCUGCUGGUGAAGGAAGAAAUGAAGAAAAAAAUCAGACUAGAGGAAAGAAGAAGACAGGAGACACUUCUGCUGCAGCAGCAACAAUUAAAUCUGCAGAAAGGAAGCAGCAAAGCAGCAGCAGCAGCAGCAGCAACAGCAGCAACAGCAGCAGCAGCAGCAGCAGCAAGAAAUGCUUCCAAUUUAAUCCUAAUGCUAACAGCUUUACUCCUGCAACACCAUCGCAUGCAGCAAUGGCAGCAGGGUAUAGAUUUGCUGCUGCUGCUGCUGCUAAUCAAGCAGCAGCAGCAACAGCAGCAGCAGCAGCAGCAGCAGCAGCAGCCGGUACUAGACCACCACAUAUGCUUGCUCCUGCAUCCAUGUCUCUUAUAGGUGCAACAGCAGCAACAGCAGCAGAUGUUAAGGAUAAGACAGGUGCUAGUAGCAGUCAGCAGCAGCAGCAGCAACUGCAGCAGCAGCAGAUAGCAGCAGCUGCAGCAGCAGCAGCAGCAGCAGCAAGAGCACACCCACAAUCCUUAGGUGGUGCAGCAGCAGGUGUGGCUAUGCCUGCACCCUUAGGGAUGUAUGGAUCAGCAGCAGCAGCAGCUGCAGCAGCAGCAGCAGCAGCAGCAACAGGAGGAGGUGUAGGACAUGCAUUUGGUGCCCCUCCUGCUGCUGCUGCUGCUGCAGCACCUGGUACUGUAUUAGGAGAUGCAGCACAAGCAGCAGCAGCAGCAGCAGCAGCAGCAGCAGCAGCAGAGGCCUCCCUUAUUGAGGGUGUUAAUCCUUUUGCUGAUCAUUCUCCUUUUGCUAAUGCAGGUCUCCCUCUUGCUGUUGAGACAGCUCGUCCCUCUCAUCCUCCUCUCCCCCCUGGUGCCUUUAUUAGUGCUGCUGCUGCUGCUGCUGCAGCAACAGCAGCAGCACUUGCCUUACCUCUUAAGGCAGAUAGCCCAGAGUGGUCACCAGUUGGGGAGCAUUCGUAUAGAGAUUUAUUAAAUCAAGGUCCUCCUGGUCCUUAUUGCUUCCCUGAUCCAACCGCUCAAUUUGCUCAACCCUUCCCUCUGCGUCUGCAGCGUCCUUCCUUGUCUCCUCCUUUGUAUGGAUUUGGUCAGCCAUUGCUGCUGCCUAAUGCAGCAGCAGCAGCAGCAGCAGCAGCAGCAUUAGGGGCACCCCCUGCUGCCCCAACCCCUAUGCCUUAUCCUGUUAUGCUUGCUGCAGCAGCACCGCAGCUGCCACCCGGGCAUCCUUAUGCAUUCUUAGCUGCUGCUGCUGCUCCCCCACAGCAGCAGCCGCAGCAGCAGCCGCAGCAGCAGCAGCAGCAGCAUCCUGCUGCAGCGCAUGCAGGCAACACUGCUAAGCAGCAAAGACACCAGCAGCAACCUGGUGGUGGGGGAUCGUCUCCUCCAGCAUCCCAGCAGCAGCAUCAUCAGCAGCAGCAACAGCAGCAGCAGCAGCUUGACCCACCAGGGCACGAGGCAGCAGCAGCAGCAGCAGCAGCACCUCGUGGUGGGGUGUCUCCUCAUGUAAGGGGAGGAGGAUCGUCACAUAAAUCUUCUUAUAAGUAUGGUCAUGGUAAUCGACAUCAACAGCAGCAGCAGCAACAACAGCAGCAGCAGCACUACCAGCAGCAGCAGCACUUGCCUAUGAGAGGAGGCCCAUUUGGGGGAGGAGGAGGAGGUAAUGUGCAGCAGCAGCAGCAUCAGCAGCAGCAGCAGCAGCAGCAGCAGAUGCUGCAGCAGGGGUCUCUAUCCCCAAUGGUUGGUUCAAAUGCCCCAGCUGCUGCUGCUGCUGCAGCAGCAGCAGCGGGAGCAGCAGGAGGAGCAGGCGUAGUACCUCCUCCCCAUCCUCCUUUGCCCCCCGUCAUGCAGCCAGCAUCAGGAGGUAAUGCUGCUGCUGCUGCUGCUGCUGCAGGGCCCUCAAGAGCAGCAGCAGAUCCCUCUAGGGCCUCCCCUGUACCCUCGCAGAUUAGCAGCAGCAGCACAGGGGCUGUUGGUGAUAUGGUGUGUCAGUAG